AUGGCCGAUCGAAAUGCACCAAAUGGGGAAUACGAUGAAGCAUGGGCAAAAGAUUUAAGACAACAAUUCGAAGGGUUAUUACGGACGAAACGAUUAAAUGAAUUGGAUAAAUCGAGGUCAAGAAAUGCAUCGCCAUCACCAAGAGAAAGAUCAUCAUCAUCCAAUUUACGAGCGACUUCUUCACAACAACAACAACAACAACAACAAUCUUCAAACUUUCGUCCAACUUCUUCAUCAAAUAAUUCAAACCCUUCAACACCUCCUUCGUAUUCGUCCGUAAGAAAUUUACCAAAGAUUCCAUCACCACCGGCAGAUGUACAAUCACAAAAGUUUCGAAAUCUAUUAAUUUCCAUCUCACAAACUCCUACGAAAUAUGAAAACCCCGGGUUGUUGGAUGAAGCUCUACAACAUUUACCAUUAGAUAGGAUAUAUGGGGAGGCAGAAGAGGAAAGUCAAAUAUUACAAGCUGAAGCCGAAAGUAUGGGAGAUGGAAGGAAGCCAGAAUGGGGUUAUCAAGAUUGUGUGAUUAGAGCUCUGUUGAGAUGGUUUAAACGUUCAUUCUUUUCAUGGGUCAACAAUCCACCAUGUCAAGUAUGCAUGUCACCUACAGUAGCCCAAGGCAUGACACCACCUACACCCGACGAAUCAGCAUGCGGAGCAACAAAAGUCGAAUUGUAUCGUUGUUCAGCCGGAGAUUGUAGAGCAUAUGAAAGAUUCCCCCGAUAUAGUGACGUAUGGCAAUUAUUACAAACGCGCAAAGGAAGAGUAGGAGAAUGGGCCAAUUGUUUCAGCAUGCUGUGUCGCGCAGUAGGAGGUCGUGUAAGGUGGGUUUGGAAUGUCGAAGAUCAUGUCUGGACGGAAGUUUAUUCGGAUACGAAAAAGAGAUGGAUUCAUGUUGACGCUUGUGAAGAAGCUUGGGAUAAUCCGAGAUUAUAUGCUGAAGGUUGGGGUAAGAAAAUGUCUUACUGUAUUGCCUUUUCGACGGAUGGUGCGACCGAUGUUACUAGAAGAUAUGUUCGAAAAGCGGAUCAUGCUCUCCCAAGAAACAAAUGCCCAGAGGAAGUUAUGCUAUACAUCCAAAACGAAAUUCGAGGUCUUCGAAGAUCAAACAUGAAUAAGGACGAGAGGUUUCGAUUGGAAAAGGAAGACGCGAGAGAAGACAAGGAAUUGAGAGGUUAUGUUGUGGCAUCCAUUGCACAAUCUGUUGUAUCGGGAUUGAGACCAGAUGGAUCUUCAAAUCAACACAUGGCAACUCCACCACCUCCACCUCAGAGACAAGAAGAUCAGAAAUUACCGGCCGAACAACCUGGUAGACAAAGUGGUGCUCAAGAAUGGGCUAAUGCUAGAGGUGAAGCUGGAAGAAGAAGUCAACACCCACGAGAUCCUUCACAGCAUGGACCUUGA